GCUUCCGCCCUCGGGAUCUUCGGCCGUCACCUGCAGCGGCGUCAGCGCCACUCCGCCGCCGCCUCCUCCUCCUGCUGCUGCCUUGCUCCUCAGCGUCGGACCUCACUCGUUCUCCUCAGCUGCCACCGUCCUCCUCCAACCUCACCUCACCUGUUCUCUUCACCACCGCUGUCGUCAUCCUCCUCACCUGUUCUCUUUAGCCACCACCAACCAACCCAUCCUCAUCAUCAUCUGUGUUCUCUUAAGCAUCAUCAUCAAUAUUGCUCUCUUUAUCCACCACCAGCCAACCCAUUCUUCUCAUCAUCAUCAUCAAUAUUGCUCUCUUUAGCCACCACCAUCCAUCCCCCCCCUCCUAAUCCUCACAUAAAAAUAUUUGAGAGGGUUGGGGGGGGAGAAAAAACUACGUUUUUUAGAGGAAUUUUUUUGUCGUAAUUAGCAUCAAAUUGUUGAGGUAAACGUCAGUGGCGGUUUUAUUAUCGUAUUGCUUUUAACAUUUGUGUUUUAAUGUUUCGCGUGUCUCGCUCCGUGCGACGCAGCCACCCACCGCGCUUCGGCGUGAAGGUGCGAUUGUAAAUAGCGGCGGCGACAACGCCACCACCACCAACAACAUUACUAAUUUACUACCGUCCGCACGGAUUUUCUCGUUAAUAAUUCAUUGCGAAGACGUUCGUAGCGGUGACGACGUUUCGUAGAAAUAAAUAUAUAUAUAACAUUUGGUUAAAAGAAAUCCCGAUUCAUUGGUAACAUCUGCCGUGCGCGUGUCGACUCGCAGCUUCCCGGUCUACGCACUUCUCGAGAGCCGCGUGUCAGCGAGUGUGCUUGUGUGUACUGUAGCACGAGUAUUUAAACACUGUAACGCGCCUCGUGUUGAUUUAGAACAUUACACACGCGCACACACACACACAGAUACCUACACACAAAUAGGAUACACGUAGACACUGUACGUAGACACAAGGACGUUGAUAUCAACGCGCGCACGUAGCUUCCACACGGAGGUCAAUCAGGUACCACCACCAGCCAAACCUCUGCCCCCAUCACAGGGGCAGCGGGAGAGAGACAAUGUCCAAGGGUGAGACUGUCCAGAUCCCGGACGACGAGGCGUUCCAGUCGUUCCGGAACGAUUGUGAGAGCACGGAGGGCUGGGACGUCACCUACAACAAGGGCGCCGUAGUCGUGUGGACGCAGCCGCUGCGCAACGGCACGUUCGUGCAGAAGCUCAAGACUCGUCUGGAAUGCAAGGAUGUGUCGGCGGAAACCAUGUACGACGUCCUGCACGACAUCGACUACCGGAAGAAGUGGGACUCCAACGUCGUGGAAACCUUUGAUAUUGGCAAGCUGACGGCUAACGCGGAUGUGGGUUACUACUCAUGCAAAUGCAAACCUCUGAAGAACAGGGAUUUCAUCACGCUGCGCUCUUGGCUUGCCCUCCCCGAUUCCUACAUGAUCAUAAACCAUUCCGUCAAGCACCCGCAUUACCCUGCGAAGAAGGAGUGUGUGCGUGCAGUGUCUCUGAUGACUGGAUACCUGGUCCACAUAACAGGCGCCAACAGCUGCUCGCUCACCUACCUGUGCCAGGUAGACCCCAAAGGCUCCUUGCCCAAGUGGGUGGUGAAUAAAUCAUCUCAGUUCAUGGCUCCAAAGGCGAUGAAGAAGAUCUACAAGGCGUGCUUGAAGUACCCCGAGUGGAAAAGCAAGCACAACUGUGACCACAAGCCGUGGCUGUACCCGGAGCAGAACACCCUCGUAACCGUGCGGCUGAGUGAGCUCACGGUGCAGCACGCCGACUCGCUGGAGCGAAUCGAUGAGAGCGGCCUGUCGGAGGGCCGCGACGAGCGCAACUUUAACUCGGACGAUGAGGAGGCCAAGGAAGCCUGAAGCGAAAUCUCGCUAGUUCCAAACGUGGGGGGCGGCGGCAAUUCUCUCGGUUGUUUUCUAACGGUCGACAGAGGCCACACACCGACACGACCGGCGUGAUAAGCGGCGGCGGCGGCGGCGGCGUCCACUUGUCUCUGCGCGACCCACCGUCACAAUUGCACCACCAGCCCCACUAAGAGUAGAUGCGUCGUGUCUUUGUGCCUACGAGAGAGUGCAUUGUCAGCGGGAGCGCAACCACUUGCGGGCAAAACUGUGAAACGUUUAAAACUGUGCACAAGCCGUGAGCGCUUACAGGGGGCGGGGAGGACCGUGAGAUCCAAGCUUGCUUUUGAAGUCUUGCACAGGAAUAUAAAAACAUAUUGUGAUAUUUAAAAACAUCUAAUUAAAUGGAUGUGGAAAAAUACUUGCAGGUGCCUAUAUAUACAAAAUCAGUUUUGGAAUUUGAUAAUAAAAUAUUAUUUUAAGAAAAUGAAUGGCACAGGUUCUCUCAACCAUCCAAAAUAUUUAUCUCCAAACCUCCCAACCUCCUCCAUGCCCUCCACCGCUGUGAGUGGUUUUUUUGUCUCUGCCCUGCAGUGGUGUCUUAGUUUUUUGUUCGGCUAACAACACGUGCUUUUGGUAUCACGUGUUUGUAUUUGUUUUAUGAUUGUACUGCUCGCCGAAGUGUGGCGACGCAGAUUCCUAAUUUGGCUUUUGUGACGUGCUGUCAAUUGGCUGGAAACAUUUAUUUGUCGGAUUUUUUAAAAUGAUAAAAUUUAUUGUAAUUGAGUGAGAGGCGGUUAUGAGUUGCCUGGCUGCCCAGUGCAGUAUAUUUAUACCACUUGCAUGUGAUCAUUUAAAUUACGUGAACCCAACAAUUUUUUGUCUGCAUUACAAUUUGUAGCAUAUCGUUAAAAUGAUCAUACUCAUUUGCGCAAGUAUAACGUUAACUGGCCCUCAUAUUUGAUACUUGGAAGAUCAGUACAUUAUAAUUUGAAAAAAAUGCUUGGGAAUUUUGUAAUCGCACAAAAAACGUCAUUCUGAAUGCUGAUGCAUGCUGCUGUACCUAACACUGCUGUUUAAAUUGCCGUUUGGAACUGUAAUACUAGCACACGUUUUCGACAGCCGCGAUGCCUUUGAUUAUUUCAAGCUGUUUACUUAUGUGUCCAGUAAAAUUGAGCUUAGUAAAACAUCCAGCCUAUCAACACGGCCUCAUUUUCAGCGGGGAGGUGUGUUGUGCUCAUUUCAUGCAGAGACUUGUUGCGAUGUUCACGUAUGCCUGGUAAAGCUUUCUAAUUUAGCACUUUCCGAUUUCUGCUCUGCUUGCUGACACGUGGGGUGUAACAACGCAUCGCUUCGACAAAAAUAUCAAUUCUUAUGCUCCAUGAUACGCGAAUGGAAUCGCGCGUGUAAGAAUUGAUGUUUCCCCCCGAUUCCUGCUUAUGCAAUGAGCGCACGCAUCUCCUUCCAACUACUGCACUCGCCAUAGCGUCAAUUUGAAUGAUUGAAUUGCAAGCGGGAAAAUUGUUACGCCCAUACUGAUAGCGUUACAAAGUACAGGAGCUAAAAUGCAAGUAGUAAUUGAGCUUGCACACAUUGCCUGGCUGAAAAGUGUGAGCUCUGUUGGCAUGUACGCGUGUGACAUAUAUAAGCCAACGAGUUCAAAGGUCGGUGGCAUUAAACAACUUAGUUUCCAGUGUAAAUUCAGAAUAUGUAAGCUUUGCUAAAUUGUUCAUCGGUCUUAUGGAAGCCCAAAUGAUCAUAAACACGAAUUAAAUUGUAGUAAAGGAAUUGCUUACGAGUAAAUGUACACAAACAUUUCCCCUGACUGUAGAGAUGUUGCAUGCCAAUAAGCUUUUAACAUGGUUAAAUAAAGGGCCAUGAAUUGAUCGAAUUGAUUGCUUUUUAACGAGUUUGCAUCGUGUACAAUAUUGCUGAUAUGGGUUUGCGUGGAACAAAUGCUUAACCCCUGUCUGUGGUUGCGAGUUAAGCAGUGCUGACUAAGAACGUUGCAUGUAUUACAGGCCAAAGUUCAAUCGUUUUCAUCCUAGCAUAUCUUUAAAACACGUUUUCAUUGAUCAUGUCCAUCGUCAACAAUUGUUUCAUGAUUUACAUUGAGGCCGAAGUGUAAAACCUAUCGGAUAUUAAUCUCGGUGGGUGUGGUGCGUAUUUUGGCGAGCAAAUGUGCUUUAAAAUACAAGACUGCUUAUACAUGUAACGUGAUGCCUUUGCUUAUUGGCAGCCUUUAUUUUUGUAUUAUGCCUGUGCCAUUAAUACCAUAGACUACACUUUUCAAAACGUAUACGUUCAUGAAACAAAAGUUAUUGAAAAUGCGAAGGCUUUGCUCCAAUUUGCUGUUCUCGGGAAUGAUCGACGAUUUUAGUAACGUUCCUUCAUGCCUAGUUUAUACGAUGGUAGCGAGUGUUUUGAGUGCGUAGAAAUAACAAACCUGUCAAC